CUAGGCUGAGAGGGCGGAGGAGCUGAUCUGAAGAGGGAGGCUGUUGGUUCCUGAAAAAGCGUUGCCUGUAAAGGGAGGGGGGGUUGGCUUUGCGAAUCUUCCAUUUGGAAUCCGUCGGGAAUGACACCCGAUAGUCGAGAUCAGCACUUAGAUUCUCAUUUCCUUGUUUUGCUUGGUAGUAGUUUUUCAAAAAUGUUAAGAUUCUCAACUGUUGGCGGAUUGAUUUGGGACGGCGAAUAAGGAUUGUUUGGAAUAGAGUUACUUUCACCUGAAACAGAAGCCAGAAGAACUGCCCGCCCCCGGGUUGUUUUUGCAAGGGAGUCACUGCAGGAUUUCUCUAGAGAAGCCUACAGGUUUAAAGUCUGGAUCAGCUACAGUACUUAUUUGCACUCCUUUCUGAUGUGUGCUGCAAUCCGAGAACUCUUCAGACCAUGACUGGAACUAGGAGGCAGACCUGACACCCGUGGUCAUGCUCUUGGAUUCUAUUGUCAGAGUAGAAUUCAUCUGGUAUUGGCUGGAUGGCACUGGCCAGUGGAUUGAAUAUGGCAAAAAGCAUUCAGAACACUGUGCUGCUGCAAUAUCUUCUUCUGACUUGGAGGCUGCUUUUCUAGCUGAUCGGAGAGGCAUUGUAUUCUUUAGUGCUGGUUCUCAGCUGUAUGAACUCAACUUCCGAGACAUGGUCCAGAGAAACCUACACUAUCAAACCCGGAGGAAGGUCUGCCGAUGGCCCAGGCUUGUGUUUUUUGGAGGUGAACAUACACAUGGAAAGGGGUGUUGCUUGGAAUCCUCUCCUCUUCCCUUCCAUUUAUUUCCUUCAAGCUGGGACCAUUCAGCACUGCCAGACAUAGGCUAUAAGCUGCUGGUGGUCUCCAGUUCUACUAAAGAAUAUAAUGAAAUCAAAGAACUAUUUGAGAAGUCAAUGGAAGGUUUUAUGAUCCGGAGGCUCCUAAGAAAUCAGAACCCUUCUCUUUGGCAAAAAGAGCAGAUGAGAAAGAAGAAUGGAGGGAGAACGGUAGAUGAAAGGCUCCUGUUCCAUGGUACCAGCGCAUCUCACUUGCAUGACAUCUGCGGGCAGAACUUUGACUGGAGGAUCUGUGGGACCCAUGGGACAUUAUAUGGAAAAGGAAGUUAUUUCGCCAAGGAUGCCAGUUACUCCCAUCAGUACUGCCAGCCAGAUACCAGCUUCAAGACAAUGUUUGUAGCUAGAGUUCUAGUCGGAGACUAUGUUCAAGGGAAUGCAGCUUACCUUCGCCCUCCACCCAGAUCUGACCAGUGCAACAGCUUUUACGACAGCUGCGUGAACAACCUUCUGGAGCCUUCCAUUUUUGUCAUCUUUGAAAAGCAUCAGAUUUACCCAGAGUAUGUCAUAGAAUACAAGCAAGUAUCCCAGUGCAUGGUCAUGUGAAGUGGCAGCAAUGUGUCUGUCUUCUUUUUCUCCUUAGUGGCAUAGAUUUUACAUUUUUUAAAAAAUAACUUAAAAGCAAGGGGGGCGGGUUUAGCAGGAAUUCACUGGAAUGCAGUUCAGGCUGACUUGGUGUCAGGGGGUGUGGCCUAAUAUGCAAAUGAGUUCCUCCUGGGCCUUUUCUAUAAUAAAUGGCCCUGCUUAAAAGUAUUUUUUAUUAGUUUUUUAAAAUUUCCAGGCCUUAUGAACCUGAAACAGUAUAAGAUGAACUACAAGAUUCCUUUCUGGGUUAUGGGCAUUAUUUUUUUUAAUCCAUGGGGGGUUGCAUGUGGCUGGAGUUAUUUUUUUGAACAAAAAAUAAAUUUGAACUGCUGUCUUGA